AUGGUAUUGGACGUGGACGUGGACGUGGACGUGGACGUGGACGUUGACGUGGACGUGGACGUGGACGUGGACCUGGACGUGGACCUGGACGUGGACGUGGACGUGGACGUCGUGGUCGUGGACAUGGACGUGGACCUCGACGUGGACAUGGACGUGGAGGACUUGGACGUGGACAUGGACGUGGACGUGGAGGACUUGGACAGAGACGUGGACGUGGACGUGGACGUGGACGUGGACGUGGACGUGGACAUGGACGUGGACGUGGAGGACUUGGACGUGGACAUGGACGUGGACGUGGACAUGGACGUGGACAUGGACAUGGACGUGGACGUGGACAUGGACGUGGACGUGGAAGUGGACGUGGACGUUGACGUGGACAUGGACGUGGACUUGGACGUGGACGUGGACGUGGACUUGGACGUGGACGUGGAUGUGGACGUGGACGUGGACAUGGACGUGGACGUGGACGUGGAUGUGGAUGUGGACAUGGACGUGGACGUGGACGUGGACAUGGACGUGGACGUGCACGUGGACGUGGACGUGCACGUGGACGUGGACGUGGACGUGGACGUGGACGUGGAAUGGACAUGGACGACAUGGACGUGGACAUGGGACGUGGACGGGGACGUGGACGUGGACGUGGACGUGGACAUGGAUGUGGACGUGGACGUGGACAUGGACGCGGAUAUCGACGUGGACGUGGACAUGGACGUGGACAUGGACGUGGACGUGGACAUGGACGUGGACGUGGACGUGGACGUAGACAUGGACGUGGACGUCGACGUGGACGUGGACGUGGACAUGGACGUGGACGUGGACGUGGACACGUGGACGUGGACAUGGACGUUGGACGUGGACGUGGAGGACACGGACGUGGACAUGGACGUGGACGUGGACGUGGACAUGGACAUGGACGCGGACGUGGACAUGGACGUGGACGUGGACGUGGACAUGGACGUGGAGGAUGUGGACGUGGACGUGGACGGGGUCGUGGACGUGGACGUUGACGUGGACGCGGACGUGGACGUGGACAUGGACGUGGACGUGGUCGUGGACGUGGACGUGGACGUGGACGUGGACGUGGACAUGGACGUGGACGUGGACGUGGACGUGGACGUGGACAUGGACGUGGACAUGGUCGUGGACGUGGACAUGGACGUGGACGUGGACGUGGAUUUGGACGUGGACAUGGACGUGGACAUGGAUGUGGACAUGGACGGGACGUCGACGUGGACGUGGACGUGGACGUGGACGUGGACGUGCACGUGGACGUGGACGUGGACGUUGACGUGGACGUGGACCUGGUCGUGGUCGUGGACGUGGACGUGGACCUGGACGUGGACGUGGACAUGCACGUGGACGUGA